GAUUCGAUAGAGCGACAAAGUUUGCGUUGCACCCGAAAAACAACACAACACAACGCGCACCCUUCCUUUAAUUUUGUGCCUUUUUUUAUGCUGUAAUGAGUCCCGAUCGGAAUCAUAUUCCUCAUAUCGCAACCAACCGAAGCUCGCCAGUCGUAGCAACCAAACAUAGCAGUUUGUCAAUUCAUGGGGAAGGUGACAUUCCGUUCCGGAUAGACUUGGGUUUCGGUUUGGCAAUCAGAGCCGUUGAUUUUGGCAUAAUAUAUAUUCGUAUUCUAGGGUUAGCGUUUAACUGGCCAUGCCUCUCUCACGCCGUCCGUUGAAAGCAAUAAUAGAAUAGUCAGAUACAUAUAACAGUAAUAACGCUCUUUUUCUCUUGGUUGCCCUCUCUUACAGGAACUCAAUCUGGCUAGAGUUAGGCCAGUAUCUCUUAUCCACUCAAGAGACAGGAGUUUCCUACUCCGCAAAGGUUUCUUUCAUUCUGGCAGCUACAACAAAGUCUAGCUCUACUCGCACCUCUAGGUGGGUGUGGGGUGAAAACGAGGGAGUGAUAUUGGUUUGUGUUUUACGAAGAUCAAGAUCAUCACACAUUUGGAGAUUGAGUCGUCUUUCAGAGGGUCUAUCCCUUGAUUAUGGCUAAGGUUCCUGUUUGAGAAGUCCUGGAAGCUUGAUAGUACAAUUUCAUAUUUUCGAAGCAACUUAUUCUGAUUUGGAGUUAAAGAAAUCAAUGAGUUUUACUGCACAGGUGAUCUGUUGAUUUUGCAUGUAAUGCACAAGUAGGUUGAGUGUGGAUGUAGUUCUCAUCAGUAUCUCCAGAAUGUUUAGGUUUUCAUGCUUCCACGCUCAUGCAAAUAAUUCUCACAAGCCAAAGAAAAUGGUUCAGCCAUCUAGUGAAACAGUGCAUAAGACUUUGCAAGAUAUUCCCCAAAUUCAAGCUCCCAAGCCAUCAUCUGAUUAUACUGUUUUAAACUCAUCAGCACAACCUUGUAGUCCAACUGGAGACUGCAGUCAUCAUGUCACAAGUUCACCAAUUUCGGUUGAACGUGGCUGGAAAUCAGAGGAAAUUAAGGGCAAACUCACUCCGGAGAGAGAUACUGGGUUCCUUUCAAAGGGCCGUCUUAUGAAAAGCCAGUCUCUUGGAAGUGGACUAUGCCUGGAGGGGAGAAAUCAUGGUGACAACAAUACCGAGGAUGAGACAGAUCAAGAAUUCUCUUCUAGCGUGCUACCAGAAGGCAGUAGGGAUCCAGGAGUAAGCCCCAGCAGUGAGCAUCGAAUGGGCAUGAACUCGGAUUCUAUCCACAUAAGUUCUGAUCAUGUUGAUAAUAUAGCAAUCUUCUCAAUUGGAGAUACUCAGCAUUUGGAGAAAGGUGGCCAGGAAACUUCUGAUAACGUCUUAUCUGGUGAGCAUGCUAAUGAUUCAGGUGACCCCUCACCUCGCAGCCCUCUUGUCAUCGUCAAAUCUCAUUCUUUGUGCAACCUUGGUCACUUGUCACCCACUUCUGGAAAAUGUUCUCCUUUCAAACCGUUAGUGCAGCAGUCGAGAUCUUCUGAUGACCUACAUGUUUUAAAUACGAGGCAGAAAGAAAUUUCCACCCAUGAGUUUGAAGCACGGAUACUUCAAGAGCAAGAAUAUGAAAAGGAGCAUGAAACUGAUAAAAACAACUUUGAAGCUUCUGUUGAUGAUGGUUAUAAUUCCUAUAAUUAUUCUGCUGUUGCUAAGGACUGGAUAAUACCAGCCACCAAUGAGGUAUUUGGAAAGAACAUCCAAGGUGAAUCUUCCUUUGAGCGGUGGCAAGAGUUUCCAAGCAAGAAUUUUAAGAUCAAGCGCAUUGAGGAGUGGGUUAAUGAUCUUCAAUACUGUAGCCCACUUGAAGAGGCUAAUGAAUCUUCCCCUUGUAACAAUCAGGUGAAUGGAGAUUCAACUGUCUCUAAUGGUCUGACCACUUCAAAAGUGGAUAGUAGGGUCACGCCUAGCAUGGAAGCUGCCAAAAGAUACAUUUCUUCUUUGAGUGCCUUUGCAACCACAGCUCAGUUGUCAAAUCAUGGGUUGGUAGUGAUUCCAUUUCUUAGUACAUUUGUAAGUCUGAGGGCACUUAAUUUGUCAGGGAAUGCCAUAGUGAGAAUUACUGCGGGUGCACUACCUCGUGGACUUCAUGUUUUGAAUCUGUCAAAAAACAGCAUCACCACCAUUGAGGGGUUACGUGAACUUACUCGACUUCGCGUGCUGGAUUUGAGCUACAAUCGGAUAUUGAGAAUAGGACACGGUCUGGCUUCUUGUUCCUCUCUCAAAGAGUUAUACCUGGCUGGAAACAAGAUUAGCGAGGUGGAGGGGCUUCAUCGUCUCUUAAAACUGACUGUGCUGGAUCUGCGCUUCAAUAAGAUUUCUACAGCCAAAUGUCUUGGCCAGCUUGCUGCUAACUACAAUUCCUUGCAAGCAAUCAGCUUGGAAGGAAACCCAGCCCAGAAGAAUGUUGGAGAUGAACAACUGAAGAAAACUUUGCAAGGCCUUCUUCCACAUCUGGUUUAUUUUAAUCGGCAGCCUAUUAAAGUCAGCACUUUAAAGGAUGUUGCAGACAGAGCAGUUCGACUUGGAAUUAGUGCUCGUCAAGGUGAUCGUGGCCUUAGAUUAGAAAACAAGGGUACGAGGAAAGCUGGCCAUGGUCUAGCUGCACAACGGCCAUCAUCUUCUUCAACUCUUGGUCGUAAAAGUCAAGCUGUCGUGUCACCAAAACGAUCCAGAGGCAGGCGUGUCCGCCUACCCCCACCUCCAAGUGGUACGAAAGCAACCACAGGGGAUCAGCAUCACCACUAUGAUUUUGGCGACAGACUUCUUAACCUCAAGUCAGAGUUAUCAAUUCGAAGGAGUCGAAGUGAAGGAACAUUGGGAGCACUCUGAGAUGAUAUCUUGCGAUAUUACACUGGAAGGCAUGUCUCUUGGUUGUUGGUUGUUGGUUGUGGUCUCUGUCAGCUUUUAAUAUUAGUCCAAAGAUAUUUCAUAAGCUUUUUGCCUUUUUGUUGGGAAACAUGGUAUGAUUUUUAGUCAUUGAGUUGAGUACUUAAAUUUUCUAGCAUUAGUUGUUUUAUCUACUCUUUACGGAUGAUAUUGGCCUGUUGGAAAAUAAA